UCCCUCUCUCUCUCUCUCUCUCUCUCUCUCGCUCAGGUGGGUAGCUCACCUUUGUGGUUAUGUGACACCUCAGCGAACAGGGUAAAGGUGGAUUGUUUAGUGGUGCGAUGUGGCCAGCGCCCUCCAAAGUGCCUGUCAGUUGCCUUUCAGUUUGACUCAAGAACACCGGGACAAAUUAUUCAUCCGGCAUGUCCGGCAGUCGGAGAAACUGGUCCAAUUUGUCCAGGUUGGCGCGCCAGAGGACAAUGGAGGACGAGGAGGAGGUGGAGAGGGAGCGGAGGAGGAGGGUGAAGAGCUCAAGCAGCGCCUUCGACGGCGACGACGACUUGAGUGCGCCACCCGUUGACACGCCCACAAGCAACCAGGUCUUCGACACCCCGCCUGAAACAUCUCAGGGCUCCAGCAGUGAGGAGCAGAUGCAGCUGGACUUUAUGGAGCUACUGCAUGUCCGGGAUGAGAAGCGCAGGUCGAGGCGCACGGAGUCUCUGAAGCGCCAGAAUGUGGUCAGGGAGGAUGACGAGGAGUCUGGCGGGGGAGGAGGAGGAUCCGAGGAGGAGCUAAGCGUGGAGCAACCCAUGGCUAAAUUGCAGCAGCCACAAAAAGUGACCGCAUGCUCUCCCAAGAAAAUCAACAGCCACCAAGAAAAUGGUGACCCGUCCAAGAAAGACUCACUUUCCAGGCAACCAUCCAAGCCAACGUGCAAGUUUGUCAGUUCUGUCUCGAUAUCUCUCAACAAGAGCCCCUCUGCGAGCGGGCACACAUCUCCUGUGAGCCCCCUUUCGCCGAUGACCCCUAGGUCACCUCAAGGACAAUGGUCCUCACCUUGUAGUAGCCCCUCCCCUCGAGGGCCAAGGAGCCCCAUUCCCAAUGGACACACACCAAAGACCAGCGUGAUGAACUUUUCGACCAACAAUAACACAGAGGAGACGGGGAAACCUAUCUUUAUCAGAAAGAGCUCCAGGACCGUGUCUUAUAGGAUGAUGAAGAAGAAAGAGGAGGAGAGUUCGCCAUUGCAGAGGAGUGCAAGCGUCAGGGUGGCCUCCAAAAAAAUUGAAUCCGACACAGUAAAAAUUGAAUACCUCAACGAGGACAAAUCAUCAUCUUUCCAGAGAAAUUCCGUACAACGAGUCUCCUCUCGAUCCAUCCAAGAGAAAAUGGAGAGACUGGCCCAGGCUGCUCAGAAAUCGGAAACGGGCCGAUCUCCCGACGUGAGCCAGCGUACCUUGUACCUGCUGGACGAGGUGUCCAGGAAGAGGGACCUCUUUGAGAAGGAGCCGCGACAAACGAGCCCAUUAAGCCCUUCCAAAUCCAAACAUGAAUUUCGGGGCUUCACUUCAGCAAUGUCGGACCGAAUCAACCACUGGCUUGACAAGAGCAAAGAAAUUGGAUCUACGCCCAGUGGCACGGACUUCAAACAUGUGGACAUCACCAGCAAGAGAAGUUCAUUUGAGAAGCCAUGAAAACGUCACAAAGUUCAAACCAG